UCAUCACCGCCUAACACUGAAAUUUAAUUUUUUCUUUUUCUUCGCUUAACACAGAAACCAGGAGCAGUGACUAUCGUCAUCUUCUCCAUUGAUCCUCUGCAAGCUACCUAGCAAAAUUCCCUAAACUUGCUCUUCUCCUUCUAUAGUUCCUUUCUACUUGCAGAACCCAAUCUCUUACCCCUAUAUAUUACGGAAGCACAAAUAUCACCCAUCUCUAUCUUUUCUUCAGCGCGACACCGAACAGCCGAUUCACACACCAUCUCUGUCGCGCAAGAAUCCCUCUCUGCUUUCCUUCAUUUUCAAGCAGUCAUCAUCUAAACUAUAGCUCAUCAUCACCGACUCGCAGCCUUCAUCGCACGGACCUCAAGAGUAUUUUUCUGAAUGGAUUUACGAUUUGGCCGUCUUGUUGAUUGGGAAAUAGAGGCGCGCCAAAUGUUUGUUGAAAUGCCAUUGCAGCGAAGCACCAGGCGUUCAAUUUACUGUCACUUGAAACUGGGAGCAAUUCAUUUUAUGUAGAAUGUGUUUCACUGCCAUGAGAAACAUCAUCCAACCUCCCUCAAGACACCUAAUUUUUCAAAUUUCCUCUGCCACCACCUGCUCAAUGGUGCAGGCGCCAUCUUCAGCUUUGUCUAUGACUUCAAGACCUGAUUCUAGAUCCCUCUUUGGCAGAAAGUCUCUCAAGCAACUGCAUACAAAGGCUACCCAUCAUUAUUCUUUCAGAAGUGAUGAGGAAGAUGAUGACCUUGACGGUGGAAGAAAUAAAAAACCAGAAGAAAACCAACAAAAUCGUCUCUAUCUUUACAAGAGCAAGGGCCAACAUCUUCUCACCAAUACCCGAAUUCUUGACUCAAUUGUUAGAAAAUCUCACGUGAAACCAAAUGAUGUAGUCUUAGAAAUAGGACCUGGCACCGGAAAUCUUACCCUCAAGCUGCUCGAAGCAGCUGAGAAGGUUAUCGCCGUCGAAGUAGACAAGAGAAUGGUGGAGGUACUCAACAAACGUGUAGCUGAACAUGGGUUUGAGAAUAAGCUAACUGUCAUAUGUAAAGAUGCACUGAAAACCGAGUUUCCUCCAUUUGAUCUCGUUAUUGCAAACAUUCCUUACGGCAUAUCUUCACCUCUGGUGGCAAAAUUAGUUUUUGGAACCAAUCUGUUUCGAAGCGCAACACUGCUGCUUCAAAAGGAGUUUUCUCGGCGCUUAAUGGCGGAACCUGGUGAUUCCGAGUUCAACAGACUAGCUGUUAAUGUUAAAUUGGUGGCUGAAGUGGAGUUGGUCAUGGAUGUAAGUAAGAGAGAAUUUGUUCCUCCUCCAAAAGUUGAUUCUUCCAUUGUUAUCAUUCGACCGAAACCAAAAAUUCCAAAUUUAGAUCUUGACGAAUGGUUGGCAUUUACUCGAACAUGUUUUGGUAAGAAGAAUAAGUCGCUUGGAGCGAUAUUGAAGCAGAAGAAGAAGGUGACAGAGCUCAUGAGAUUAUCCAAAAGGAUUGUUAAUGAAGGAUCGGAGAGUGAUGAGAAGUUGUUUAAGGAGAGAAUUGUUGAAGUUCUGAAAACAAGUGGAUAUGAAGAUAAGAGAUCAUCAAAGAUGUGUCACGAGGAGUUUCUGCAUUUGUUAUCUUUGUUUAAUCAAGCUGGAAUUUACUUUCAUGACCAUGGAAACCCAAAACCUGUUCACGACUACGCUUCAAUUCUUGCCACUUAUAGUUCAUAGUACUAUGUAUUUUAUAUUGACCCAUGAGUCUUUUAAGUUAUUUUUUUUUUUUAA